AUGAAGCUCAACGCAGCGAUCGCGGCGAUUUAUCUGACCCUGACGGGCAUCACGUCCGCGGCACCUCUGAUGCGCAACCUUGGAGCGGCGGAGGUGUCGCUACCGGAGACGGUGCGGUCCUUCGAUAGCCAUUGGACCGAGCUGGACGACAAGGUGCAAGAAGCCUCGCAGAAGAAGGCGCUCUUCGGCACGCGCGAAAAGUGGAUCACCGGCGUCGGUGCGGGCCUAACUUUGGUGAGCACAGGUGGCUACAUUGCCAGCUCGGUCAUACCGAUGCAGCUCGCGCACCUGCAAGACGCAGAGAGGGAGAAGCUCCAAGAGGCUGUCGCUAAAGCCGAUGCCGCCAAACGAGCGGAGCAGCUGCGAAGCGCCGCGCAUGUGGUCAAACGCGAGCUCGUCGACGCCGCCAAGGAGGCUGAAGGCGCGUUGGAACAUGUGGGCGACAACGAGAGCUUUGUGAGUGCGCUCAGCCGAUCUCCAAGCGAGCGCCUCUCUGAAGUCGACGAGAUUCACGCCGUCAAGGCCAAAGAGGCACACAUUCAUCGUCUACUUGACGCCCAGAGGCCUCCGCCUCUCUACGUCUUUGAUGCCAAGCACGACCUGGCCAGCACUGGAUUCAGGCACGAGCAGUAUCGAGGAUCGCCUUCGUCCGAUGGGUCCGAUCAUUCAGAGCGGCUAGCGGCAGUGGAAGCGGCUGUGCUCAGCCUCAAGGAGCACCACUACGAAGGGAAGAAGCUCGAACCCUCGACAAAAGCCUUGCUGGGAAUAGGCCUGGUCGGCGCGGUUGGAGGUCUUGCGUCGGCCGAGCUGGCGAUUCAGAAUUCGGUCGAGGGCGUCAAGCGGGCUAACGACAGGCUUCCGGACGUGACCAAUCUGGACCCCGGGACGUGCGCGCAGUUUGCCACGGAGCUUCCCUCGCUCGACUGCUCGAAAGCGCACGGCCGCAGGCUCAGCUGA